UAAGAUUUAAUUGUUUUAUAAUGACCUUGACAUUCGUCGAAAUAUGCUGUCGAACGUCACAGUGCUUUAGAAAUUAGGACUGAGACUAAUUUUAACAAAAACGACUCACUCUUUGAAUUCAAAUGGGAAAAACUUGGAAUUCGUUGGUUGGAAACGAAUGGUCUAAUCUGACUCACACACGUCUAAACCAAGAUACAAAGCUGACUAACCCGCCUUAGCAAUUAUAUUAAUGAAAUAAAACAAGACGUGCCCAACUUUAGUCACUUUCCAAUGCCUCUGUUUUCUCUAGCUAAGUUCUCAUUUCGAUGUGUGUAAUCUAUUGAUAACUUUAUUCCGGGUUUCUCAUGAUUACACCCGAUUUCCCUGAUAGAUAAAUGCCUUCAUUAUCGGGGAUUUAUUCAAAGCACGUCAGUUCCAGGGUAAAAUGCAGGAAACACAAAGUGCGGGUUCUCACAUGAUAAUUACCAUAAAAAUAUACAGAAUUUGGACUUGAAAAACUAAAGGAUCAAAGAAGAGCUGGAAGUCUGAGUGUUGCAACAUUCGGUUUAAAUAUUUACUACAAUGACGUUUAAAAAUGGCGAGACACGUCGUGUCAUUUAGUUGUAGACUACUUCUCUAAUCGCUAAUACACUCAAAAGCAUCUAUCAAAGUAACAUUAACUUGCCUAUUAAAUUCUUAAUAGAAAUCAUAAUGCACAAAACAACUGACGGUAAUUAAUAAGCUCCAUUACGAAACCGGUUGCGCAUAUUUACGCCAAUCUAAUCGUCUUGUGUUGAAAAAUGUCCUGUUGACAGUGCAGUGACUAAGAGGCGUGUCGGCACCUGGGACCAAAGUCAAAGGCAUAGACUCGGGGAGCGAAGCGCAGUCCGGCCGGCCGCGGCUUCGCUAAACUGCGAUCCGCAAAACAGAUGCAUGCUGCAUAAACUCCUUCUCUUUUUAUAAGUCUUCACAACAAUCAGAGGGAAGGAGAGACAGAGCGAGAAGGAGAGACAGAGUGACAGUGUCUCAGGCACCAGGUCCACUGCCUCUCCGGGCUUAAGCAGACCAGGCGAGGAAGGUGAGCAGGACGCGACCUGAUCACCACCCGGAGCUGGAGGGACGUGACUCUGGCGCCUGCACUGGGUCUUUGCACUUCACGCAUAUUCAGAGUCCUGCUCUUUUAUUUCCAGGCAGACCCAGUUGGCAUGGAGGAGACGUGCUAACACUGCACCCCCCCCCCCCCCGCCCCCUCCCGUUGAGGCCCGUGAAGAGAGUGAGCAGGCGUGUGUGAAGAUGUGGCUGCAUCUCACGUUCCUCUGGAUGUACUUCUACGCUCCCCGGCUCUGGGGGCUGCCCUUCAAGUCCGACCUGGAGCUGGACGUCACCCCCAGGAUCACCGUGCCCUUCAGCGGGCUGCUGGGAUGCCGCCGGUUUGGUUCCAGUUUGGUGCGUAACUACAGCACACUGCUGCUGGAGGAGAGAGAGGCCACGCUCUAUGUGGCCGCUCGCGAGGUCCUCUACGCCCUGGACGCCCGCAACAUCUCUGCCCCCGCUGGCAACCAGUCUAUCCGCUGGGAGGCUUCAGCUGGGCAGAAGCAGCAGUGUAUGAACAAAGGGCGAGACAAUCAGACCGAGUGCUUCAACUACAUCCGGUUCCUGCAGAGGUUCAACGAGACCCACCUAUACGCCUGUGGCACCAACGCCUUCCGGCCGCUCUGCGUCUACAUCGACUCUGAACGCUUCACCUUCACGUCGCGCUUCGAGGAAGGUCGCGAGAAGUGUCCCUACGACCCAGCUAAAGGAUACACCGGCCUCUUCGUGGAUGGUGAGAUGUACACGGCCACGCAGUAUGAUUUCCGCAGCUCCCCCGACAUCCGUCGAAACUUCCCCAACCCCAUGGUGAAGACUGAGGAAGGUCCCAACCGCUGGCUGCUCGAGGCCGACUUUGUGGGAUCUGCCAUGCUGCGGGAGAGCAUCAAUAGCUCCAUCGGGGACGAUGACAAGAUCUACUUUUUCUUCACGGAGAAGAGUCAGGAGCAGACGGCCUACUACAGCCAGACCAGGGUGGCCAGGGUGGCACGCGUGUGUAAGGGGGACUGGGGAGGCCAGCGCACCCUGCAGAAGAAGUGGACCUCCUUCUUGAAAGCCCGGCUGCUCUGCUCCAUCCCCGACUACGAGUUCCACCUCAAUGUGCUGCGUGACGUCUUCGUCAUGGAGGCCCCAGGACAGGCCUCCCAGGACAGCAUCUUCUACGGCAUCUUCGGCCUGGAGUGGAAAAAUGGGAAAACGUCUGCAGUGUGCCGCUAUUCCAUCAAGGAAGUGCAGAACGCCUUCGACGGGCCCUACAUGGAGAACGAGGACUCCAAGUGGACGGAAUACAGAGGGAAUGUUCCGGAACCACGACCCGGCUCAUGUAUCACAGAUGCAUUCAGGGCGAAGGGCAUCAACUCCUCACGCGACCUCCCAGACGAGGUACUUAACUUCGUGCGCAGACACCCACUGGUGUCUCAGCACAUCCGCCCCAUGGAAAAUCGCCCCCUGCUGGUCAAGAGGAGGGUCAGCUACACCCAGAUUGCUGUGCUCAGGGUGGCGGCGCUGGACAGUCAGCAGUACGACCUGCUUUUCAUUGGGACAGAUGAUGGCUGGUUGCACAGGGCCGUAGAGGUCAAAGGUCAGGUGCACAUCACCGAGGAGCUGCAGCUCUUUCAGAAGCCCCAGCCGGUCGAGAGGAUCGUGAUCUCACAGGCACAGAGGAGCGUCUACGUGGGCUCCCCCUCCGCCGUCCUCCAGCUGCCCCUCUCCACGUGCGGACGCUACUCCUCCUGUUAUGACUGCGUUUUCGCUCGGGACCCCCUGUGCGCUUGGAAUGGGGCCGCCUGUGUAGGGGUACAGUCUCGAGCAGACAGGUCCAGCCUCGUCCAGGACGUCGCUGAAGGGAACCGGGGCUGUGGAAACCCCAAGGAGAAUGACUCCACAAUCCGCCGCACGCGCUCCGUCACGUCCGGCGACGAUGUGCUCCUGCAGUGCGAGCUGCGCUCCAACCUGGCGACGCCGCAGUGGACGCUGGAUGGUCGCGAGCUGCAGGGCUACGGGCUGGACUCGGGCUACCGGGUUGGGACUGACGGGCUGCUGUUGAUUGGUGCCCGACCCGAGCAGAGCGGUCGCUACGUCUGUCUGGCCGCAGAGAACGGGCUGCGCAUCCCGAUGGCCACCUACGCUGUGUGGAUCCGCCCUGGCCCAGGAGAGCCCACAUCCCGCCCACUGCUGCCAGACCUUCCCACCGAACAGCCGCUGCCCUCACCGCCGCCACCGCUGCCACAGACCUUCCGGAACAUGGAGACACUCUACAUCUCGCUGGUGGCCAUCCUGGGCGGCCUGUGCCUCGUGCUGACCACCGUGCUCCUCUAUGUGUCCUUCUGUGCUGUGGCAGGCCCACACAGGAGCAAGCGGCUGCACCACCAGCAGGGUGGCGCCGAGCGCAAGCGCAGCUCCCACCUGGAGCUCAAGACCAUCUCCAGCCGCUGCAAUGGCAAGUGGGAGGAGGCUGAGGACAGCGGGGCCGAGGACAGCACUGGUGGUGGCUUUCUGCAGAUCGUCCCCGGCGAGGGUCAGUUGUCUCCUGGUAAGGAGCCGCCCCUGCCCGAGGCUCCGCCCCUCCCAGCACCUCCGCCCCUGCCAGCCUCCGAAUACGCCAACGGGCUGUCGGCGACGCUGCCCAGCGUCCUGCGCAAGAUGAACGGGAACAGCUAUGUGCUCCUGAGGCAGGCUGACCCUGAGAGCACGUCGCCGCUCUACCACUCCUUCACCGAGGAGCUUAACCGUAUUCUGGAGAAGAGGAAGCACACCCAGCUGGUGACCAGCCAGCCGGACGAGAGUUCUGUGUAGCGCCCCCUAGUUGUGGGGUGGACUAACUGCUCCCUCUUUGAAGCCGUUGGCCACCUGGCGAAUAGGAUGGUACUAGAUGGCUGACAUACCCAGAGCUUUUUGCAAUUUACCGCCAUCUUGUUGACUCAUGCGACAUACAGACACACACACACACACACACACAAUGGCGCUAUAAUAAUACAUAAAAAAGCUCAGACAUUUGCAAACACAAAUCUACCUCAGCAGACCCCAGGCAGGGGCACAUUGACAUUGCCACAAGGCGUCUGAGUCACAGAGGACCCCCAAAGUCCCAGAAUCCUUUGCAGCAGAGCUUGACCCUUUGACACUGAAGGGGCCACGCAGGUGUCUGAAGGUGCCUGAAAUGUUACCUGUCAUGCUUCUCUGUCCUGCUCCCAUGGAACUUUUAUGUAAAUAAUGAUGGGAUGGAGAACCAGGGCGAUUGGGCGGACCGAUCCGGGUGCAAGUGGAAGUCUCUGGAUGUCAGUAUUAGCCUCCUGUGAGGCCUUCUUCAGAGCCCUGUGAGGGAGACAACCUUCACAGUACGGGCAGAACUGUGUUAGGGGUGGGGGGGUUGCCAGGACUUGAUUGGCACAUGGCUGUGGGAUACAUAGAACGGACAAGCAGGGAGGGUGGGGGCAAAUGAUGCCUGUGAUGGAGCUGGUCCCACCCGGUCUGGCUAGGUGGAGUGUCUGUUUUGGAGCUUCAGGCCCUGCUUUGGCGAGGAGACAAGGGGGGCGGGGGGCGUCACCAGGCUCUGAGGUGUGUCAUCCGGACAGAACCUGCGUGCACCGGACAAGAAUGGGCUGGAUAGGUUGCCAUGGCAACGAAGACCAGUGAUAUGGAGUAGCUGGUCUGAAGCUGAGCAAAGUCUGCAUAGGUCCGGAUCCGCCUCUCGCUGUGUGGAACGUACCUCCUGCACGUGUGGUUAGACGUGGCCACUUCUGGGCUGGACUCAGAGUGGCCACUUGGAACCGCGAGCAACAACCCUGGGGAGGAAUUGCACCCAUUUCCCAAGUCACAUGAUCGCCUGCUCCACUCCGGAGGAAACUUCCAGAACAAAUCCUCCUCUCCCCGCCCCCCACCCCAGAAUCACCCACAUGUUUAGCCAUGUGGAAAAGGCCGCACCUGUAUGACCAUUCUGGGAGAACUGCAUUCCCUUGUCACCUUCUUACUCCUGCAAUAAUCAGAACUGCCACAUUUUUAGAGGAAUGCAAACUGUCAACAUCAUAAGAACCACGUAGAACUUUGCCACGAAAUUUGCACUAUUAGUCUGCCAUAAGGACUAGCUUAGGCUCCUCUGUUGUGGAACACCGUUCUCCUUGCUCUUCAUUUUCUCUGGUUCCACUGACGGGUACCAUACUUUACAUGUGAUAGUGGCUCGAAGCAGAACAAUAGCGUGAUUUUUCCUAGCAAGACUAUGGUCAUCAAAGGGCAUGAAGUGUGGUGUUGCAUGAAACCCCAGAGAAAAAGCUUGGUUGGACAAUCUGAAUCUAAGCAGUCUGGCUAAAUGUUUUUCCCACCGGGUUCCAUCUAUGCUGUGUUGACCUCCAUGUUGGUACUUGACUAAUCCAAAUGUAAACAGGGCAUUCCACAGACCACCACCCCCCUGCCUACUGGUACACCUCUGUUUUAUAACAGAAUACCCUUCCGCUUGGCUGUUUCAACUCCACACCAUCUUCACAGCAGUAUCAGCCCCUCCCCCUCCCCUGAUUGGCUGACUUGACAAGGCCAAUAUUCCAUAGGACACUUAGUCAGGGCUACCCAUCAUGCCUUUGGGUCUCUCGUCAGGGUGUGUCGUAAGAGUGACCCUUCACACUGUAUUUGCACACGCGGGCCGUGCGUGAUCGGUGGACGUGACGCAGCGUGUUUGUUUAGGAAACACCUUCAUGCGCAGAGGUUUUACUGGCAGAACUCGACGUCUGGAAGUUUACCAAAGCGAGUCCGCCGUGUCUGGCGGUGACAGGGAAACGCCUUUAAUCCCGCGGAUGUCAAGAAGUGGCGGGAAGGAAUGGAGGGACCAAAGCAGAAGAAUGACAGCACCGUGAGUUUUGUGUGAGCAGAUAAUCCCCGAUAUUUAUGUCCAGCUAAACAUCCUGAAUCAAUAUGUGAUGAAUCCUUAGUACAGUGACAGUUGUGGUCCCGGGGGGGG